AUGAAAGACCCUUUCUUUAUCGAGCCGCUGCCAUGGCUCGUCAAGGCAACACAGCCCUUGGCCGACUACUUUUCUCUCCCAACCCUGCCGAUACAUGUGCAUGAGGUCUUCGCUGCCGCCUUGCUGUACUCUGUUAUCUACUACCCGGUGUCGCCACUGCUAUCCCGGUUGAUUGUUGGCCGCAAAUAUCUCGACCUACCCAGGAAAAGACGGAUCAAUUGGGACGCACAUGUCGUUUCUCUCGUUCAGAGCACGCUCAUCAACGCGCUGGCCAUCUGGGUCAUGUUCGUCGACGAAGAGCGCAGCCAGAUGGACUGGCAAGGUCGUAUAUGGGGUUACACUGGUGCCGCUGGCAUGAUUCAAGGCCUUGCCGCUGGCUAUUUCCUCUGGGAUCUUGUUGUAACUAGCUGCAACAUGGACGUCUUCGGGUUUGGCACAUUGGCCCACGCCAUCAGCGCCCUCUUCGUCUAUUCGCUUGGAUUCCGACCCUUUCUCAAUUACUACGGCUGUGUCUUCAUUCUCUGGGAGUUAUCAACACCCUUCCUCAAUAUCCACUGGUUCUUCGAUAAGCUAGGAAUGACCGGGUCCCGCGCGCAACUUUACAACGGCUUGAUACUCCUGUUCACUUUUUUUUCCUGCCGUCUAGUCUAUGGAACAUACCAGUCGGUCAAGGUGUUUUCUGACAUUUACGCUGCCAUUAAUGUCCACCCUGUUUUGCCCAAGGAUAUAUCUCCCGAAAGAGACGCCGUUCUUGCCUCGACAGGCGUCAUGAGAUUUGCGACAGAGGCGUCAACGGUUCCGACGUGGUUGGCAGUGACGUAUCUCAUCAGUAACCUGACUCUCAACAGUCUCAAUUUUUAUUGGUUCAUCAUGAUGAUUCGUGCGGUUCGCAAGAGGUUCCAGCCGGCCAAGUUGACAGACAAGACCUCUCAAACCGAAUCCUCGCCCAUUAAGGUUACCGCGCGAUCUGGGCAACCCACCAUCCAUCGACGCAAGGCUUAG